AACAAACCAAUUACAAACAAACAAAACAAUGUAUAUCAAUAAUACCUUAACUCUCCCUUCAUUUUUGACAAUGUUUCUUACAAUAUACACACAAGCCCACUUCAUAGUUUUCCGCAACUGGUCCCCCAAACUCCGGCCGGAAGCCGCGAGCUGUCUGAUAUCCUUAGCUCACGGCACCCCGGCCGUGUUCCUUGCAACACAAGCAAUCAUAUCAGCUAGCCCAAAUGAACAACAAACAUUCGCAUCACGAAACACCCCGUUUCAAAACACUGUACUAGAAUACAGCAUUGCAUAUUUUGUAACAGAUUUAUUACAUUUGUUAGCGUAUAGUCCAAAAGAUUUUUUAUUCAUAAGCCAUCAUUUAGCAACACUUUUUGUGUUUAUAUCGUGCCGGUUUUUCGUGUUACAUGGUGCAUAUCCUGUUUUAUGUUUGUUAAUUAUCGCCGAGGUUACUAGUUUGUUUCAGAAUCUUUGGACGUUGGCGAAUGCAAGAAGGGACGAUUCAAAGGUUGCUUGUAAGGUUUUUGAGUUGAUAUGUGUUCCGUUUUAUGUGUUUUAUUCGGUUGUUAGAGGGCUUGUUGCACCGGUUUUUGUUUAUAAGAUGAUCGUGUUUUAUUCUAGUGGUGUUGCGGAUGAUGUUGUUCCUAAACGGGUUUGGGUUUCUUGGAUGUUUGUGGUGGUUAGCGCGAUUUCGGUUAGUAUUCUUUGGAUUAGUAAUAAUUGGGUUGUGUUGUAUAGGGAAAGAAUGGGUAAGAUUGAAAAAGAAAAGAAAAUUAAGUAGUUUGUGACAUAAUACACGUUUGUAAUGUUUCAAGGUACAUAAUUUUGUAAUAAGUGUGACAUUUUGGGAUAUUUGAUGUAAGUUGUAACACCAUCAAUUUAUAGAUACAAAAGAGAAUCAUAUAUCAAUUCUUAUCUGGUUCUGAAA